AUGACAGACACCGAAUGGAGAAACCAAACAACCAUCACAGAAUUUAUCCUCCUGGGAUUCGGAGAUCUCUCUGACCUGCAAAUUCUUCUUUUUCUAAUGUUCCUAGUGAUCUACAUGGCAACCAUGGUUGGGAACACUCUCAUCGUGGUGCUUGUUGUGACAGAUCAGCACCUUCACACCCCCAUGUACUUCUUCCUGGGCAACUUGUCCUACUUGGAGACCUGCUAUACCUCGACCUUCCUGCCCAGGUUACUGGCCAGUCUGCUGACUGGGGACAGAACCAUCUCAUUCAGUGGCUGCUUCACACAAAUGUAUUUCUUUGGGUCUCUGGUAGCUACGGAAUGCUAUCUCCUAGCAGCAAUGUCUUAUGAUCGGUAUUUAGCGAUAUGUAAACCCCUGCACUAUUCAACUCUUAUGAAUACCAGGUUUUGCCUCCAGUUGGCUGCUGGAUCAUGGUUAAAUGGUUGUUUGACUACUACCAUCUGUACAUUAUUCAUGUCACCAUUAAUAUUCUGUGGCCCGAAUGAAAUUGACCAUUUCUAUUGUGACCCCAUCCCAUUGAUAAAACUCUCCUGCAGUGACACACACCUGAUCAUAUUGAUGGAUUUCAUACUAGCCUGUGUAUUCACCCUGCCUCCAUUCCUACUAACCCUGAUGUCCUAUGUGUGUAUUAUUGCCACCAUUCUGAAAAUCCCUUCCACCACCGGGAGGCAGAAGGCCUUUUCUACCUGCUCCUCUCACCUCAUCGUGGUCACAAUUUUCUAUGGCACACUAAUGAUUGUCUACAUGCUACCGAAACAUGAUAAAUUUAGAGACCUGAAAAAAGUGUUUUCACUUUGCUACACAGUCCUGACUCCCCUGGUAAACCCCCUCAUCUACAGCCUGAGAAACAGAGAGGUCAAGGAAGCCUUGAAACAGAAAAGGCAUUGCCAGUCCCUCACCACAUCACCAUCACCUCCACAGGAACUAAGGGAGAAUUUACUCCACUUCAUAAAUUUAUGGCAUAAAGUGAUCUCUUGUGAGGGCGGGGUCCUAACUCCCAUGCUAAACCCCCUCAUCCACAGCCUGAGAAACAGAGAGGUCAAGGAAGCCUUAAGCAAAGCUGUCAGUAAAUGCGGCUUUCACAAAAACAUGCAGAGACUCUGA